AUGAUCAUCCCAGUGCGCUGUUUCACCUGCGGAAAGGUCAUUGGAAACAAAUGGGAUACGUAUCUUGACCUUCUGCAAGCAGAUUACACCGAAGGAGAUGCACUUGAUGCAUUGGGUUUGGUCCGUUAUUGCUGUCGGCGAAUGCUUAUGACUCACGUCGACCUCAUCGAGAAGCUUCUGAACUACAAUACUUUGGAGAAGUCUGAAAACAGCUGA